UGGUAGUGUUUUGUCCUCUAGAUGAAUUACUGCAAGAUAUAGACGACAGUCUUGUGUGUCCAAAAUGCAUUGGAAUGAUUCAGCCAACUCCUCAGAAAGUGACGCUGAAGCUCAUUCUGCCUUUACACAGACUGAGCACAACAUAGUUGCAGCUUACUUAAUAACAGCAGGAGUGAUAAGCAUUUUCAGUAACAUUGUUGUGUUAGGCAUCUUUGUGAAGUACAAAGAGCUUCGGACAGCAACCAAUGCAAUUAUUAUCAACCUGGCUUUCACUGACAUUGGUGUUAGUGGCAUUGGCUACCCCAUGUCUGCUGCUUCAGACCUGCAUGGAAGCUGGAAGUUUGGAUAUACUGGAUGCCAGAUCUAUGCUGCCUUAAAUAUAUUUUUUGGGAUGGCGAGUAUUGGUUUGCUCACUGUUGUUGCAGUUGACCGUUACCUGACAAUCUGCAGGCCUGACAUAGGAAGAAGAAUGACUACCCGUAACUAUGCUGCUCUAAUCCUGGCUGCAUGGAUCAAUGCAGUCUUUUGGGCGUCCAUGCCUACUGUAGGCUGGGCUGGCUAUGCUCCAGAUCCAACUGGGGCAACUUGCACAGUCAAUUGGAGGAAAAAUGAUAUGUCCUUUGUUUCCUACACAAUGAGUGUAAUUGCUGUUAAUUUUGUUGUACCCUUAACAGUCAUGUUUUACUGUUAUUACAAUGUUUCCCGGACAAUGAAACAAUACACCAGCAGUAAUUGCCUGGAGAGCAUCAGCAUGGAUUGGUCCGACCAAGUAGAUGUAACAAAGAUGUCUGUUGUGAUGAUUGUAAUGUUCCUGGUGGCAUGGUCUCCCUAUUCCAUUGUGUGUUUAUGGUCUUCUUUUGGAGACCCGAAGAAAAUUUCUCCUGCAAUGGCCAUCAUAGCUCCUUUAUUUGCAAAAUCCUCCACAUUCUAUAAUCCCUGCAUUUACGUCAUUGCAAACAAAAAGUUUCGGAGAGCAAUCCUGGCAAUGGUGCGAUGUCAGACAAGACAAGAAAUAACUAUAAACAAUGCCUUGCCCAUGAGUGUUUCUCAAAGUGCAUUGACGUCAUAAAACCCGUUCAGUUUUUCUGCAUAGAUUUUGUGGAAACAAAUUAAAUCUGGGUUACAGUUUAUUUUUUGGAAUAACAAUUUGCUUCUUCCAGUCAAUUGUUUUCUGUCAAUCGCUGAAGUAUUUUCUAGGUUAAAGAGAAAAAACAACAACAAAAAAGCACUGCAACUUUAGUUUUCAAGAGUGAGACUUAUUGGAUUGAUAUUUCUGGCACAAACAAAAAAAGCCAUUGAAGUGUUCCAUGUGACUUACAGGGCUGGACAAGGUGACAUCAGGGCAGGGAGAGACUGAAGUAGGAAGUGCUUAGGUUCAGUAACAGAUAUAGCACCUUUAAUUCCUCUUGUGAAUGACUUUCUCUCAACUUCACUUAAAAGUUUCCAGACGUGGAUUCUCCCUGUAUGUGUGUAUCAUUUGUUUUGCUUCUGUGAAUAUGGUAAGGUUAUCAGAAUAUCUAGCCAAACCCCAUAUAGCUUUUUAUCAGCUUUUAGGAUUUUGAAAGACUCAUGAUAUUUCAUGGAUUUUUGAAGUUUUGGCUCACAGAAUCAAAUGAACCUGUGAGAUGGACAGCUUUUUUUUUUAGUAAUGGUACAUUUCUAGCACUCGCCCCUGCAUGGUAAAUCCUGAGAGUGGGACAAAAUGUUCCUUGAAGUUUGACACUCAGGUGGCACAUGAAAUAGUAAAGAUGAUUUCUCAUUAUAUCUAAGUCAAUCUCAUGGACAUCCGUUGUGUAAUUUUUGAAGAACGUUGACAAUGUCAGCAAUGGAUUUAUUUGGGUUGGAGGGGAUGGCUGCAGAUAGAGCUAGUGAUGGAUAGUAGUAUACAUUCCUGAUGAUUCUCAGAUUUCGAAAAUAAAUAUCUUUUUUUGAUUGCCAAUCCAAAAUCUUAGUGAUCCUUCAGACAUGCCUCAGCCACUGUGACUUUGUGCAGCUACAGUUACUCUGUUGCUUGGGUUCUUUUUUCUCCUAGGAUCUCUAGUGUUGGUCUGACAGAGUACCACUUUAAGUGAUGCAGUCAUCUGGGAAAUCUAAAUGUUAUUUUUAUUAAUUUGUGUGAAAUGUGUGAUGUAAUUUUUUUAGGCUUUCCAAAAUGGUGGGAAAGAAACUUUUUAGAAAGUACAUUUAAAUCUGACUACAUGAGAUUUAAUUUAACAGUAUUUUGAGUACAAUUUGCAACAACAGAUGGUUCAUUUCUACCAUUUUGAUAUUAUUGUAUAUGCAUUCAUCCAAAGUGUGGCUUUGCAGUAUGGAGCUGUUGUUUUAAAAUUUGUGUGUUAUUGGUAAAAAUCUGUCUUUACAGAUUUUUUUGAAAGUUCUAGAGUCUAUGCUUCCUAUUAAUUUGUACUUUUCAGUAAUAAA